AGUAUUUUUACGGAAAAAGGUCCGACGGCAUCAUCGGUAUUUUCCGGUCAGGCCAAUGUUUAUCAUCGUCUGAAACCAGUUGAAGUCUUCAUUUCAAAUCCCCAAACUUUGUCUCUCUCUCUCUCUCUCUCUCUGUCUCUGAUGGGGGUAGGGCAUCCUGAUCCUGAAGUUCCCACUGACGCCGUGGGCCGCAGAGUCCUCUGUGGUGCUGACCGGGCCACAGUGCGCUAUGUGGGCCCAGUUCCACCCACAACAGGUCUGUGGUUGGGUGUGGAGUGGGAUGAACCUGACAGAGGCAAACAUGACGGCAGCCAUGACGGUGUCCAGUAUUUCAGCUGCAGACAUCCUAAAGGGGGCUCAUUUGUCCGCCCAGCCAAGGCCAAUUUUGGGGUGGACUACGUGACCGCAGUGCGACAGGUUUACGACAGUGAAGUGGAGGCGGUGCUGAGUGAGGACGCGGCCAUCCCCGUGACAUGGACGCCUGUCAAAAACCGAAGCUUACAGAGUUUGACGUCAGUUCUGCUCAACAACGCUGGAGUCAGCGGAGUUGGUUCUGAUGGAGAAGUUCGGAAGAUGACACCCAAUGUGGAAUGGCUGGACCUGAGUCGCAGUUUGAUGUCAAGCUGGAAGAACGUCGCAGAAAUCUGUGAACAACUGGAGAAACUGGAACGACUGGUGCUGAGUUUUAACAGGCUGAGUUUGACCUCAGGCCCUUUGGUACACUGCCAGGCUUUCUGUCGCCUCAAAGUCCUGUCACUGAUCAGCUGUGACCUCACCUGGCCACAAAUCCUGGAGUGCGCCCCCAUGUGGCCGCAGCUGGAGGAGCUGUAUGUUGAAGAGAAUAACAUAACUGAGCUGCAGAGACCAGAGGGCGUCCUGCAGAACAUCCGCUGCCUCAAUCUCUCCUCCAACCCCCUACAACAGGAAACACUUCUCUGUCUUUCCACUUUGAACCGACUAGAGCAGCUGAACCUGUCCAACACUGGCUUGUCCAUCAUUUGCUUUGAUGAUGUUGCUCCUGGAUGUCAGACGGCCAUGUUUCCUGCAUUAACAGAACUCAACCUGCACAACAAUAACAUCUCUGAGUGGAGUGUAGUUGACGAACUGUCCAAACUCAGCAGUUUGGUUAAGUUGUCGAUUCAUCACAACCUCCUGGCGACCAAGGACAGGAAUCGAAAAACUGCUGAUCAGGUUCUCAUCGCAAAAAUGGGAAGACUGGAGACUCUCAACAACAGCCAGAUCCCCCCGCAGGAGAGGAGGGGGGCGGAGCUGGAUUACAUCAAAAUGUUUGGUGAAGAGUGGCUUAAAGCAGGUGGACAGAGUCAGAUCAACGACCACUUUGCCUGUCAACAUCCACACUACCAGAGCCUCAUCCUCAAGUAUGGAGCACCGGAAGAAGGUGAACUGAAGAAGCCAUUGCCCUUUGCCCUAAAGAACCAGCUUUUGAAAAUCAAGUUUGUGUUUCCUGAUGAUGCAGAGAAGAUGCCGAUUGAGAAGAAACUUCCAGCUUCGAUGAUUGUCCAGAAAGUGAAGGGAGUUCUGCACCGACUUGUGAAGAUUCCUGUAUCUAAUCUGAAGCUAAGCUACACCAGCCCCAAGAAAGCAGGCACAGAGUUUGAGAUUGACAGUGACAUGAAGACGCUACAUUUUUACUCCAUAGAGGAUGGAGACCAAAUCCUGGUCCGCUGGUCCUGACCCAGACUAGGACGUGAGGGACUGAACUCUCUCUGAGUCUGAUCUGUUCAUCAGUAUCUUGCACAUUUAACUAAGCAUGUAUAAAAAAAAGACUUUUCAUCACAGCUUCUCUGAACGCCAGGACUCACAGAUGGAUCUGGGAAAGUUUUUGCAUCCCUAAUGUGACUUUGCUUUUUUUUUUUUAAACCUUACUAGUCAUUUAUUUUAAAAAGCGAGUACGAGUUAAAAAAGCCAGUGGUCAUAAAAACAGCAGAUGGAAAUAAAUGAAUAUCAUAAAUGAUCAUCAAUGUCUUCAUAAUGAGAGGGAACGUCACAAUAAAAGUCCAGAUAAAUUGACA